CUGGGAAGAAGAAGGAGCAGGUCCAGCCAAGCGACAGAAUGAGAAGCCCCCUUCCGCUGCUCUUUGUCCUUCUGGCGCUGCUUGCUGUGUUUGCACGAGCUCAAGAUGCCCCAAAGGAGAACCUGGUGGCCAAAGUGCAAGUCUUUACCCAGCAAGCCAUCCAAAAGACCCAGGAGCGCUUUACCACCCUCCGAGAGUCGGAGGCAGCCCAGCAGGCCAGGGAAUGGAUCACUAAUGGCUGGGCAAAUGCAGUUCAAUACUUGGGCCGUGUAAAGGAGAAGAUUACCACCUUUUUGAAGACGCCGGCGCCUGCAGCAUGAUGGAAUUUUGAUUCCACACAAUUCCAGGAGAUCUCUCGCCCUUUCCAGUACAGCAGCAGGGUGCUAAAGUUGUCCUCAGUGAUGGGCAAGGAUUUCAACAUUUGCCACUGUUUCUCCUUUUCCCUGCCCUGCCUAGUCACUCCUUCAUUCCCUCCUUCCCUCAGACAUCUCAAUGUUCAUUAAGCAUGGCGCUUCCCCCCAUUAAAUCUUGCAAACCCUU